CAUUUAUGAUAAUUAUAAUGAUUUUGACAAUAAUAAAGAUGAUGAUAAAAAUGUUGGUAAUGGCUAUGAUAAUGAUGAUGACGGCGACGACGAUGAUGAUGAUGAUACUUGAAUAAAGGUACUUCCUAGUAACUAUGCCAAGGUGCUUUUUCCAGUUACUAGAUAAGAGCAAUAACAUCUACAUUACAGUGUGUGUACAUAUCAUGGUUGAAUUUCAUCUAAAAUGUUGCGAUUUUCCAUCACAUUUUCUUGCCUCUCAGGAAUCAGUAGUUUUUUGUUAACGCUCUACUUAGAAUUUCCUCUGAUUUCAUCUUCUCUUUUCAUGCAUUCUUUUAUUCAGCAAUCGUUGAUCCAGAAGUUGACUGAAUGGCAGACUGAGAAUACCCGGUUGUCCAAAGAACUCUGUAAUGAUUUGUUGACUAAAUUGAAACGACAACGCCUGGAUCCAAUCCUUCGUCAACUACAAGGGCAUGGUGGAUCGAAUUUGUCUUUCGACGACAUAAUUGGAGUAUACCAUCGCAUCAAAGACGACUAUGAAGGACAAGCGGUUGGAGCAAAAGAUGUGAUCGCAGCAACUUUUUUUGAUUUCCAACCCGUAAGUAUUUCCUCACUGUUAAACGUACUUCAUGCCGCAUUUGACCUUGUUGUGGCUUGUUCUGGUGUAAGGUUAGCAUUAUCCCUUUUCCUUGUCCUUUUUUAUUUUGUCUCAUAUUGUUUUUGUUAUUGUUGUGCUAGUUUUUGUUUGUUUCAUUUUUCCAGUUCGUAAUGUCCUUGCUCAUGCGCGUUUUGUCAGUUCUUUGGCGUGAUUUUCAUAGAAUUCAGACCCGAAAAACCUCAAGUUUUCAAAACUCAAAUGACAUUAAUUUUCAAUAGGCAGCAGUGUUCAAAACGUUGGACACAUUGUUAACUAUUUUUUGUUUCUCCAUUGCGGCUGCGACAGUGGGUAGAAAAGUUGCGUCCUUAAAGGGUUUAAGUCAUUUUCAUGAAAACCUAAUGAAGGAUUUUUCUGUCAAAAGAAUGCUUUUGAAUUGGACUGUCAUUCUUGCUUACUCACGAUUAUAUGACAUAUGAUAUAUAGAAUCAGACUAGUUUAGGAGCACGGCUUCCAAACAAGUCCGCAUUGAAAUAAUAAAAAAAAACACAAUUGAGAAAAAAAAAUGAUGAUGAUUGUAACAACUAUCGUAGGAACUCGCCAGGGAAACAAAGCAGUACCUUGAAAUAUUGCGACAGAUGAAAAACUUUGAUGAAAAAGCAGCUCAAGAAAUGAGAGCAAAAGCGUAUCAAGAGCGAGAGAGAAAGAGACUUGCGGUAAGUCUACAGACUAGAGCUCUACUACCAAACGACUUUAAAAACUUCACAAGGAUUACCUUGUGAUUUUCACACUUGCCGUUAUAGUUGUGGAUCGUGAAUUGCCCACAAAGUCGAAUCAGACAUUUUGGAUGAAAAAUUGCUACGCUACAGACACAUUACAGUAAACCAUAUUUAAAAAAAGCGUGGAUGGACUGCUCUCGAAGUUAGCGAUGCAGGUUCGUCAAAGUUUAAAGGAAUAGAAGGAAUUGAAGUUUUUUUUGUUAUAUCCUUUCCGUUUCAACGGAGAAAGUGAAUGUGCGCUUAUUCUAGGACUGUAAGAGAGGGAAGUUGGGAGGAAGGGGGCGGGUAACGCAUUUGGAUAAGGCCACAUGUUUCCCCCGAAAUAAUUAUCCUCAAAAAUUUAUUACUAGAUUAGAACAGACUGAGUAUAUCAAGAGGUGCAUGCUACAAAAUUGCCCUGGUCUUGCUAGCAUCCUACAGUGACUACAAAGCGACAGUUUUCAAUCAUAUUCGAAUUACGUUCAUUUUCCAUCGCAAUCUAACUUUAUGACAUCAAUGCACAGAAAUAUGAUGUGUUAAAAUAAUAAGGUAAACUAAUAAGAAUUACUGAAUGAUAAUUAGACAAUUAACCUUGAUUUAUUACCGUGAUUACAUUAGGAACAACAGCUGCGACUUCAGCAAGAAAAUCAAGAUCACAAAAAAGAGGUAUCAUAUAUACUGACUAUUUCUUUCUUUCUUUUUUAUUGUGGAAGGUUUGAACCCAGGAGUCAUUUCAAAACUAGGUUGAAUUGAUCAUCCGGGUGAACGUAGUCCUGAAUAGGACUGUUCUUUUCGACAGUGACUGACGUUUUUGACAGUGACUGUCAUUUAAGCAGUGAUGUUGUUAGCUAUGAAGACUCGUAAUCAGUAAUUGGUGCGUUUCGAUCCGUCUAUUGUCACAGUGAAACAGUCGUCUAUUGUUAGUCAAAUUGUCAGUCCUCCAGACGUUCUGUCGUAGUUAGUUUUGCUUGAUCUCGUCAGUAAGUCGUUUGUACGGUGCUGGUAAUCGUGUUGGCUACUAUUCAGUGGCGUUUUUUCUAAGUUAGUAAACCAGCUUUCUAAAGUAAGACGUUGAUAGUAAUGUGUAGAAUACAUUAUACAUGUCGCAGAGUCCCAUUCAAUUAGAUGUUUCGUCUGUAAAUGGUGUUCAGCGAUGUGAUUGUUGACGUCACCAUUCCUCGUCGCUCGUUUGUGUUCGGUCAGUCGCGUGCUAAGGUUUCUGCCGGUUUCACCAAUUUACGAAGCCUGGCAGUGGCAGCAUUUGAUCUUGUAUACUGCUCUUUGUCUGUCCUCCGGUUUGUCCUUGUCCUUGGCAUAAGUAAGCAGUCGUCGUAAAGUGGUUAUCAGUUUGUGUGCAACACGUACACUGUAAGGUUGUAAUCUACGUGCGAUAUUUUCAGAGGUGCCUCUGAUGUACGGUACAGUCGCUGUCGUAACAGGGCCAGAGUUGACGUUGGUCUGAGUGUUGGAAUCAGUGUUACUGUGUGUGUUCCGUCUAACAAAGUCCGUGUUGUAAUUGUUCUUAAUAAGAACGUUGUUAUGAUAAUCAGUUUCGUCUUGUAGGCUGUCGGGUGAGUCACACACUGGUUGCACUAGUCUCGUGAAAGUCCGGAUUGUAGUAGCCACAAAGGCAAACCGGAGGCCAGACAGAGAUCAGUAUACAAGAUCAAAUGCUGCCACUGCCAGGCUUCGUAAAUUGGUGAAACCGGCAGAAACCUUAGCACGCGACUGACCGAACAUAAACGAGCGACGAGGAAUGGUGACGUCAACAUUCACAUUGCUGAACACCAUUUACAGACGAAACAUCUAAUUGACUGGGACUCUGCGACAUGUAUAACGUAUUCUACAGACUACUAUCAAUUACUUACUUUAGAAAGCUGGUUUACUAACUUAGAACAAACGCCACUGAAUAGUAGCCAAAAUGAUUACCAUCACCGCACAAACGACUUAUUGACGAGAUCAAGCAAAACUAACUACGAGAGAACGUCUGGAGAACUGAAAAUUUGACUAACAAUAGACGACUGUUUAACCGUGACAAUAGACGGAUCGAAACGCACCAAUUACUGAUUACGAGUCUUCAUAGCUAAUAAUGACAGACGACCAAUAACAUCGCUACAUAAUUGACCAAUCAGAUCAAUAACCAGAGUAUAAUACCAUCAACUGAUGGGAUACAACUCACUUUGACUCUGAAGAUGAUUACUGCACAGGUUGUCGAAAUGUCAGUCACUGUCGUCAGCAUUAGCCGUAUUCAGGACUACGUUUACCAGGACGAUUAGCCUCAAUCUAGUUUUCUUUUUUAUUGUUAUCUAAUGAACGAUUUGUACUUUUGCACUAUUUGCUUUAUGAACAGACAGGCCACAGGAAAGAUUAGACCUUGACCUGGGGUAUGCCAAUACAAACGUGUGUCCGAUACCUUGCGCAAGUUAAGCUUGGCAGGCUUGAAACCCAGUCAUAACCUUUUGGUUAUGGACCUCUGAAACGACGUGUUUGUUUCAUUUUGAUUUUUCCAUUGGACAGUGGUUCUAGUGGGGUGGAAAAAGGCUUUCCCGUCUUGCACUCUCCUAUGUGCACCUGUUGUUGUUUCUUCUCUCGCGGUUUUUCUGACUGGACUAACUCAGAAAAAAAGAGGGACUGCUUCGAUCGUCGCAUGCCAUGCGACAAUCGAAGCAAGUCCCUCUUUUCACAUCCCCUGAUACUCACCACUCACAGCCUAAAAAAUUAAAAGUUCAAAAAUACUUUUACACAAUAAUAAGAUAGGGUAUAAAUUUUCUUGCAAGAAGGAAGUUUAAUUGAGUUAGCGUUUGAAACGAGAUUGGAGUGGUUAGUGUAUAAAUGGCGACAGCUGUUAGCCUGAUUAUGAUUGCCUGUCUUCACAUCUAAUGACCUUCAACAGUUUCGUUUUUUUCUUUUCUUUUACUUUUCUUGAAGAUGGAAAUGUUGAUCACCAGGCUGGAGAAAGAGAGGGUACAAUAUCGGCAGCAGAUGCACAGUGAGCUGGAAGCACAGCGAGUUCAAAUGCAAAAUAUGAUGGCAGCAAAUAUGAAACAAGCCGAGCAAGAAAGAGAGGCCUUCAUCAAGGACAACCAAGCCUUAGAGGAGCGCUUUCUGGAAGUGCAAAGAUCGAACGAAGAAAACAUGAAACUGAUAAGAAAUAUGACCGCUUUGAUUGCAAGGCAAUAUAAAGAGAAGGAGGUUCUUAGAGAAAAUGCCAUCUCCAAGGAACUGCCCAAGGAUAAAAUGGAAGCCUUGUUAAACGAAAUGAGUGAAAGACACACAGAUGAGGUCAGGGGAUUGCUUAAAGAAACAGAUGACCAGUUUGAGGGAGCGGAGAAGCUGAAGCAAGAAACCGGUGAUGAAGGGGAUGAAAAUACAUGCCACAAAAAUUUGGAUGAAGUGCCCGAGAUGAUUAAAUUGAGAUCAGAGGCUGUGGAAGAUGUACAGAAAAAGAUAACCGAGACUCACGAGGAACAAGAAAAAGUUGAAACAUCAAGUUACAUAAAGACGGGAUUGCAAGCUGUCGCAGUAGUAGCACCAGCAUUUGGUAAAGUUGUUGCUGCAGCUAGACCCGAAUUAGCACCCGUGGCUGAAGUAGCAGGUACCGCAAUUAGGGACUGCGCUCAAGGAUUGUCAGAAGUAUGCAGCAUCAUGUGAAUUAACGAACCACAUUCAACUAAGUAGUGGCCUAUUAGGGGUGGCGCAUGGUUUGCCCAAGGGUCUUACCGUCUUGUUUUUUAGAUUCUUCUUUCUCUGCCAUCCUUAUGAUGACAGCGAAUUAAAUGUUUAUCGUCGUUGACGUCCGAUGUAGAUUUGAAUUUAAUGCUCACGACUUGACUAGAUCACUCCUGUUUUUUGAAGGGACAGAAGGUGUUCACGCAGGAGCUGUUCAAGAGAUUUUUUCCUUAUCGUUUUUGAUGCAUGAAUCUAGAACAAAAAAGAUAAUUAAAUAAAUAAAUGAAUAAAUAAAUAAGACACUAUAUGCUUACCUUUAACGUUUUAAAAUAAACCUGAAUAUAAGGCUUCUAAGAAGGCUUUAUAAAUUUGACAAUUUUACACCUAGAAGAAUGUCAGACCGCAACUGACAACAUAACAUUUGCCAUAAAAUAUCUUCCCAUGAUAUCUAGGAUGAUGACGUCAUCAAUCAAGCGACUAUUGCCAAACAAGCUUUUUUGUUGCUGCUACAAGAUAUCAUUAUCGAGUUAAUGAGCAUGAGAGAAAAAGUCGGGCGACUAGGCCGAGAACUAUAGAGAGUCGACGUUUUAUCACAUGACAGCUAAAAAUCUGCAGGGAAAUAAUGUUCUGUGUGAUAAUUCUUUAACGACCGUGAUCAUUCACGUUACCAGAGUGUUCUGAUUAUUUUAGUUCGUUUUCAAGUACAUUUUCUGCGUCAUAAAUUAGCAAGUUUUUGUCUAGAGAUCUUUACACUGCAUUGCCUCUGAGUAAUUAUAGCUCCAUUUUAAAAGCAGCAGCAAACGAAAACUGAGGCAGAAGUUUAGAAAUUGCAUAAUUAAUUGACCGAUAUUGCAAGUUUAAAUCGAAAAGGAGACUUACACUUGAGAGUUUUGUAGAAUCCUUUUUCAACAGAACAGUUUGUUUGCCGAAAUAAAUGUUCAACUUUUGUUAAUAAAGGAAAACUUUAAAAAAGCCGAAACGAUCUGUUUUGCGGCUUAAUAUCUCCG